GUCUUUCUAAUUUAUUAAAAAAUUAAAAAAAAAAGUUAAGAAAACCCCUAAACCCUUCCCUGCUCACUUCUGCUUCUUUGAUCUGCUAAAGCCUCGAGCGAUUUUCACUUGUCAGGGUCUCAUAGUUUUGGUUAAAACGAGAAAAAAUGCCGCUGGGACUGAUAUUAGGGAUAGGAAGGGCGUUUCGCAGGAAGCGUACCUCAUCGCUUGACAUUCUCUCGUCGAAACGAGCCCCACGAGAUUACUACAAGGGAAAGAACUGCAAAUCUACUGGUUUCCACACUCGCAAAGGUGGAUAUGUUCUGAUGCAGGAGAAGUUGCCGAACUAUUUGGUUCCUGAUUUGACCGACUUCAAGGGAAGUUUCGAUUUCUCUAUUUGUGGACAAGCAUUCUAUAUCAGCUUAAACCUUAUGUAUCCCAGUGCCCAAGAAAAGUCAAAACCACAGAGGCUGCUGAAUCAACUAAAUAUCAGAUGGAAUGAGAACAGUAAUUUCAUCUUGUCUUUCAACGUCUAACUGCAGUCAUAUUAAACAAAUUUCAACAUGUUCUUGUGGUGUCCAACGACUAGAUCAGGGUCUUGGCGGUUCUGUCUUUGUGCUAGUUUUUAGAUUCUUAACCAUUUGCCUGUGAUAGUGAGAUCUGGUUGCUUAAGAUAAAUGUAUGACAUUUCAGCAUAACCUAUUGGAGAACCUCAUUUAGUUGAACCUAUAACAUGUUACUGCUGAUACCCAUCAAGAGGGAAAUCUGGACAUAUAAGCAAUAAGAUGAUACUGUCUUUAACAUUUGAACUCAUCAAUGUCUAUAUUUUCAGUUGCUCUUUUUUGAGAUGGCACAAUGUAAAUUGGAAAUUCUAUUCCUUUAUCAUCUAUUUUUCUGCUAAUAUUUAA